AGGCUGACUGAGAAAUUUUUCAUUUUCUUUCUUGUUUGACUGUAUGCGAACAUCAAACUAAGAAUGGCAAAAAUGAAUCUCUCUUCCUACAUAUUAAUACUAACUUUUUCUUUGUUUUCUCAAGGUAUUUUACUUUCAGCAUCCAAGUCCAUAAGAAAUUUAGACGAUGACAUGGUAUUUAAUACAUUCAGGUUGGGGAAAGCCUUUCAGAAGGAAGACACUGCAGAAGAAUCAGUUAUUGCUCCUUCCCUGGAACAAUAUAAAAACGAUGAGAGCAGUUUCAUGAACGAAGAGGAAAACAAAAUUUCAAAGAACACAGGCUCCAAACAUUUCUUAAAUCAUGGUCUGCCACUGAAUAUGGCAAUAAAACCUUAUCUUGCACUAAAAGGAUCUGUAGCUUUUCCAGCUGAAAAUGGAGUUCAGAAUACUGAAUCAACACAAGAAAAGAGAGAAAUUGGGGAUGAAGAAAACUCAGCUAAAUUUCCUAUAGGAAGGAGAGAUUUUGACAUGCUCAGAUGUAUGCUGGGAAGAGUCUACCGACCUUGUUGGCAAGUCUGAUACCUGUUGGUCCACAUCAUCUUUUCAGAAGAAAAUAAAAGCAUUUAAUUGUCAAUGGGAGGAGAAGCCCCUAAUGCUACUAUAACUUGUCCAUGUUAAAUGUCUGUUUUAAAAGAAAGUAGUGUUAAGAUGUAUCAGUAACUGAAAUGAUAUGCUUUUACUGUGCAUUAAACUUUGUGAAAAUUCUGCA